CCCCUCCCUCGCUCCUCCAGACAAGUCCACAUCUCCCAUGCCACCAAGGGGUUCCUCGGGGACAAUGAGUUUCAACUGACCGAGGGCAACGGAAGCAGUCGCGACAACUUCCUGAAGGAGCGCUGUGUGGUGACGUAUCUCAUACAGCAGGAGUCACAGAGCCAUCUGGAGGCCGAGAACGACGAAAUAAAGAGCGGCAAUAUUGACACGGCAGUGAAGACCCUACAAUGGGACAAGGCCCCUGCAUUCUCAGAGAUCUCAGAGACAUCAGCCGGAGAUGAGGCAACGGCGUUCGUGACGAAGUUCCUGAACCCAUCGGCACUUCGUCAGAAGAACAUCUCCAAGGAAGACCGACAGGCCAACGAGCAGAUCAAGAAGAUGGUCUACGACAAGGACAGGUCUCGAUGGUACUUCCUGAGAGUCCCGCAGGAUCUCAACAGACUGACACUGCACUUCAGGAAGAGGAAGGAGAUAACGGACGAGGAGGAGGGGGAGGAGGAGGGGGAAAGUUGCGGACAAGUCAAGGGAUCUUCGGCGCAGGACUACGGGAUGGGAAAGACAAAGUACUGGGGGAUAAACCUCAAGGAAGAGAGGGCCUACUCGCAGGAGCCGGACAAGGCAUUCAAGUUCUAUCUGGCCACUCUGCUCAUACUGUUUGUGAUUGUCUACAUAGUGCAGGCCAUCAUGGUCCCCAAGUCCUACGUGAUGCUGGGUACAUUCCUGGCAGGCUUCAUCUACUACGCCGUCUUCCUCGUCCUCUACUCCCUGCACGUUUUCAGACACCGAGUGAGUCUGGACACCUCCCUCCCUGUCCGUAUCUCCCUAUUCCUCAUUCACAGCUACUUUGCUCGACUGGUGAUUGCCAUAAUCGCGAUAGCAUGGAUCAUCGGCGGAGCUGCCAUCAACAUGUCUGCCUGUGACACCAGCAGUGUUAUCACCUCUCAGAACGUCACUGACCGUUGUAACUGCACCACGUGGGACGAGUGGCUGGACAGGGUCAACCAUCCUUCACCUGACGACUCCUCGUGCCAAUACCCACAGUAUUUCUACCACUCCAUGUUGCUGGCUCUAAUCGGCUCGGCCAUCUUCAUCAGACUCAACUGGAUCAUCAAAUCUACCAUUAACCUUGUCGCCAUCGUCCUCUAUCUGGUCGUCAUUCAAGGCACCAGACCAUGUCUCUUUGACAACUAUGAUAAGGGCGUUUAUGGAAUCUGUCGCAGGUACAUCAUACAAUCUGCUCCCCAUCUGUUAACACUUACGCAUGAAAAGUAUAUUUAUAGCAUACUAGCCACAGAGAAUAGAAAAGAAAGAUAACCAGAAGUCACCCUCCACCCCCCAUCCUC